UAUACACAAUCCCUGUAGGAACAAAAUGCUGGAUGGCCAAGGAGACGUUAGACAAAAAAGGCUCUGGAUAUAAGAGGAGUUCUGAUAUACAGGUGGCUGGGAUGUUGGUAUACUACAUCCUUUCUGGUGGACACCACCCCUUUGAAGAUCCACUUGGUGAUGAACUUGAACAGAAUCGAAACAUAAUCAAGGGGACUUACACACUAGAACAUGUGGCAGACGAGGUGACAAAAGACCUCAUUGAGUGGAUGAUCAAUGAAGUCCCCGAUGAGAGACCUACAGUGGAGGAGACCCUGAAUCAUCCCCUCUUCUGGAAACCACAUAGGAGAGUUGAGUACUUGAGAAGAAUUGGGAAUGAGAAGGAGGUCGGGCAGUAUAGCGAUGCUGACCAAAAACUUCUAGAAGCUCUGAAACAAAGUGCCAUGGAGAGAACCUUCUGUCAGUGGAGAUCCAUGCUGCCCUCUGAAUUGAUGAAAAAGAUGGAUGGCAGAAAGCCCUACCCUGAGAACAUGUUGGGGUUACUAACGUUUCUACGCAACCUCCAUGAGCACUAUGCUGAGGAUUUAGAAUCUGUUGACCUGAUGAAGAUGUUCCCUGAUCUCUUUGGAUGRGUCUACGUGUUGGCCAAGGAACGGGGCUGGAAUUCAAGGCCUGGUCUGAAAAACGUGUUUCAGAGAGAUCUAAGCUCAUGAUUCUGAAAUGUAAACUGUCUGUCAUUUGAACUGAUGAAAUAGGAACUAUUGUAAUACUUUUMACUUUUUGUAGGUAGAGCCAAUGAUUUUAACUGUCUCAAGGACAUUUUAUAUUCUAUAUUUUCACUGAUAGAUCUAAUAUCCAUAUGAUUUUUACAAAUAAUGAUCUUACAUGGUUAUAGCCUACAUAUUAUGGGAGUUCAUACAAAAAUACAGUACUCACAAAAGCUUUGAUAAAAUGUAGUGAUUACUUUUUUUAACUGUCUUCACUUAAGGUAUAUAGGAUUUGUAAUAAUAUAAAUGAUCUGUAUGAGAUUUGUCAGGGAUGUCUGGAUUAAAGUAUUGACAUGUUUUUUUAUAUCUGUGUUUUGCUUGAUAUGAAAAUGAGGUCUGCCCAAGAGUGCAUUGAAACAAUUGAUAUCACUGAAUUGAGUAAUACAAUGGAGGAGCUGUGACGCCCUCUUGUGGAUAGAACUGUGAAGGUUACAAAUGUAGUGAUGAUCAUCAAAAGUUUUAUAUUAAUCGAACACCACAAUAAAAUGUUAAUGUACCUCUCUCAAUAUAAUAAAGGCAAUAUAGAACUGUCA